UCUUCUAUAACGACCCAUUUUAACCAAGACGGUGCAGUGAUACGACGCGACAGAAGAGAUUGCGAGUAACAUUAAAGCAAAUAAAUAUGGCCUGGACUAGUUUUAAGUGGAAGUGCUUCUUUAUCUCAUGUUUAGUGAUAGUUAACGUGUCUGCGAAAUCGUUACCCUUAAACUCAGACCUCUUUCUUCGUACGUCUGAAACCGUAUACAAAAGUGCUGUAAACUCGCUACUAACUGAAAAUCAGGAAGACGUUGAGGAGGAUUGUGACGAUGCCUUAAAAACAAAAAAUGAAGUAGACAUGACAGCUGCUGCGACUGUAAACAAAGCUCGAGCUAUCGCAAUGAGAAACAAUGUGAGACCUGGACAAGAAGCGACAGAAUACGCUAUUGACCUAACCUUCGAUGGCAACUCGUUCAAAGGCCGAGCUAUAAUAGAUGUUUUGGUAUCACAAGCGACGAGAGAAAAUGAUUUGAUAUUCCAUGCUAAAGAUAUCGUUAUAAAUAAUGUAGAAGUCGCCUUGUUACCUGGAGCAGACCUAAAGAAAACGAAAUUCAGUAAGUCUGGAGUCCAGUUGAAAAUAUCCCCUGAUGUUCCUUUCACAUCGUAUAAGGUGAUUAUCGAGUUUAGUGGACAAUUAGCGAAGCAUGGACUCGGAUUGUUUCGUGGGGAAUACGAUAACGAGACAUAUGUAGGAAUGAAUCUUCACCCGAUAUACGCAAGACGAGUAUUUCCCUGCAUGGAUGAACCUACACUAACGGCCAAAUUUAAGUUUACCUUCAAAAAUUUGAACUACCAACAUAUAGUAUCAAAUUCAGCCUUGGAGGAUAAUUCUGAUGAUACAUUCAGAACUUUGGAAUCACCUCCACACCUGUGGGGCAUGGUGGCACAUAACCUUGCCAUUAUCAACACACCAAUACAGAAUGCACCAUUAUUUGCUAGACCAGGUCUUACUGGGCAAAUGUCACAACCGUCAGUAGCCAUCAACUCCUACUACAACUUCUUAAACGCUUGGACUAACAGAUCGUUCGUCGAUAUAAUAGCAGAUCAAAAUGGCAACAUGAAUAUUUUGGCAUUACCUGACGUCUCCAAGGAUUGGAACUCUCUGUCGACUGUUGGCAUUUGGGAACCAUACAUUAUGAUGACAGAAGACUGUUCCAUUAGACAGAGAAGCUUAGCGUUCCCAAAGAUAGCGGAGGCGAUGGCCAGGCAAUGGUUUGGAGGGGUCAUAUAUCCCCGGAACUGGGCUCAUGAGUGGGUUUUGUCCGGUCUAGCGACUUACGCCGGCUGGGAAGCCUACAAAGAGUUCCAAUCAGAUGGCACGAGCACCGUUGUGUCAGUCCUGGACGCUCACACACUAUUCGUGACUGAAAUCAUUCAGGAGAGUCUGCUCCUCGACGCGUACAGUUCAGCGCGGAUAUUAGAACCAGCGAACAUAUUUAAUGAAGAUGUCAUCAGGGAUCACAUACAUGGGCUCUUGAAGUACAAGGCCCCUGCUAUACUAAGGAUGUUCAGACUCUUAUUGGGGGACGCAGAUAAUGACUUUGUACAUUUAGGUGCGAGAGCAAGAUUGAACACUGGAGCUUUCCAGCCAAUUGACAGCGAUGAUUUCAUAGACUCCAUGAACAGUUACUGGCUGGCAGCCGGAGGUAACGAUCAUGAAUAUAUAAAGGACACGCUCACUCCAUGGAUUAAAAACAAUGGAUACCCUGUAUUGAACGUUUUACUGCGAAGAGGAGGAGUAUUUGUAUCACAGGAACGAUUCGGAUUUGCAAGCCAGACGCCUGUCAGCUAUGAUAUACCGAUCACAUUUACCACAAGCGUAAACCCUAAUUUCGUAGACACUAUGUACCCAUCUGGUACUUUGGGUGGCACUGACACUAUAGACAUGGAUCUAGAUGAGGAAGAUUGGGUUCUCUUCAAUAUACAGGGUCAAGGUUACUAUAGAGUGAACUAUGAUCCUGAACUUUGGGAAACACUCACUGAAGUUCUAGACGAUCCAGAUCAAAGGGAAGACAUUCAUCCACUUAACCGCGGAACACUGGUAGACGAUGCUCUUAAUCUGGCUAGAGGCCGACGUCUGACCUACGAAAUUGCUUUCAAUCUUGUAUUGACUAUGCAACAUGAAACCAACUACCCAGCGUGGAAGGCUUUCGUUAGAAAUAUGGAAUUCCUCAGAAAACGACUAGUAGCCAUGGUGACUGAAGAUGAGAUUUAGAUCCUGAUAUA